UGUGCUUCGUACUCUGUAUGGCAUACACAAGCAACCUUGUGGCUUUCCUCACCAUCACCGUGCCUACAAAACGCAUUGAAACCAUCAACGAACUAGCCGACUCGAAAAUAAUAGCGUCUAUGAAGGACUACGGAAACUUUGUGCCGGAUGCGCUGCGCAACUCCCAGGACCAAAGUUUGGCGAAAAUUGGAGCUCGAUUAGAAUUGUUUUCACACAAUGAAGAAAGCGUUAUGGUGCGCGGUAAGGUAGCAGGUGGCACCCAUGCUCUUAUUAAUGGGCAAUCGUACAACUAUUACGUGAGGGAUUACUACAACAUCACGCCAUAUACCUACUUCAUGCAAGAAGUGUUGUACCCCAGCUUUGUGGUAUACUACCUACCGAAGAACACGCCACAAACUGAACUGCUAUCGGAGAACCUGCAGCACCUUGUACACGCAGGCUUCAUACGCAAGCUGUACGAUAAACACAUGCUGAAGGAGAUCCCUCCUGACAAGGAAGACGAUUUACAAGCGCUGUCCAUGCCCCAUCUCUCUGCCGCCUUUAUCCUCUGCCUCUGUCUGUACGGGGUGGCAACUUUGUGCCUGCUGCUCGAGCUGCUCACGGCCCGACGUGUGAAGCAAGGGAAAAAUACGUUCAAAAUUGAAAAUCUUUUUGUGGCUUGA